UGCUCAGUCACACCAGUGACCUGGAGAGAAUUGGACACACUACAGGGAAAGAACACAGUCUCAGCAUCACUUUACCGCAACCUUAGCUCCCUGCUCAGCCACACUGUGUAGUAGGGACAACCCAACACAGCAGCCGCCAACAUGUGUGACAUGGGGGGAUUGGAUAAUCUGGUGGCGAACACGGCCUACCUUAAGGGGGGUGAUGAAAAAGAGAUGCGGAAGAGGCGGCGCAGCCUGUCCCUGCCCAAACCAGAACAGUGCACGUCCAUCCGCGCCGCGGUGGGGAAAGAUUUUGAGAUGCUCUGCGAGAGGCAGCCCAUAGGGAAAAAGUUUUUCCGGCAGUUCCUCCUGGAGUCCAACCCGCAGUACGUGGCGGCCGCAGAGUUCCUGGACGAGCUAAUCGACUGGGAUCUGGCGGAAGGCGCUGGCAAAGAUAAAGCGAGGAUGAACAUCAUCAACAAGUUCUGCAAGGCUGACUCCAAGAGCUUUCUGUCCUACCUGACGGGAGAGGUAGCGGACAAGUGCAAAGCAGUGUCGGACAAGGACUUUGAAGACGUGAUGAUGGGCAAGGUGAAAGAUGCCACGCGGGAGUACCUGAAGGAAAAGCCCUUCACAGAGUACCAGACCAGCCCUAACUUUGACAAGUUCCUGCAGUGGAAAGAGUACGAGAAACAGAAAAUCACUGAUAAGUAUUUCUAUGAGUUCAGGACCUUGGGAAAGGGAGGCUUUGGAGAGGUGUGUGCCGUGCAGGUGAAGAACUCAGGCCAGAUGUACGCCUGCAAAAAGCUGUGCAAGAAGCGUCUGAAGCAGAAGAAUGGUGAAGGCAUGGCGCUACUGGAGAAGCAGAUCCUGGAGAAGGUCAAUAGCCUGUUCCUGGUCAACCUGUCCUAUGCCUACGACACCAAGACCCACCUGUGCCUCGUCAUGACCCUGAUGAAUGGCGGCGACCUCAGGUACCACAUCUACAACAUUGGCGAAAAAGGCCUUGAAAUAGACCGCAUCAAUUACUACAUUGCACAGGUCACCACAGGAAUCCUCCACCUACACGCCAUGGAUAUAGCGUACCGAGACAUGAAGCCGGAGAACGUGCUACUGGACAGCUUCGGCCAAUGUCGACUCUCGGAUCUGGGGUUGGCCGUGGAGCUGCCUGGCGAAAAGACCAUCAAUCAAAAGGCUGGCACAAGUGGCUACAUGGCCCCAGAGAUCCUGAAGAAAGAGCCUUACCGGAUGUCAGUGGACUGGUGGGCACUGGGCUGCAGUAUCUACGAGAUGGUGGCAGCUCGCCUGCCCUUCAAGGACUAUAAGGAGAAGGUGCAGAAGGAGGAGGUGGCACGGCGCACCCUCGAGGAUGAAUGCAAGUACGAGCACAAGAACUUUGACGAGGGCACCAAAGCCAUCAUAGACCUCUUCCUCAAGAAGAAAAUUGAAGAGCGUCUGGGAUGCAGGACCAAGAACGAGGACCCAAGGAAGCAUGAGUGGUUCAAGGGCAUUAACUUCCCUCGACUGGAGGCGGGGCUGAUCGACCCACCCUGGGUUCCCAAGCCCAACGUGGUCUAUGCCAAGGACACGGGGGACAUCAAAGAUUUCUCAGAGAUCAAGGGCAUCGUGUUUGACGACAAAGAUGACAAAUUCUUCAAGGAGUUCAACACGGGGGCGGUACCCAUUGCAUGGCAACAGGAAAUGAUUGACAGCGGACUUUUUGAGGAGCUGAACGACCCCAACAGGAAAGAGUCGGCCGCUGGAUUGGACGACGAGGAGAAGAAAUCAAAAUCCUGCACACUUUUAUAAAAGCCCCCCUAUACUAUAGUUAGCUUUGAAAAUGACAAAAGUCCAAUCUCAUUAAGAACAUUGUAACGAUAAUCAUAUCCACAAAAAAAGAUGUGAAGUGGUAGUAAAAUCCAGGAACAGGUCAAGACGGGUCCUACGGGGGGCCAGUAUGAAAAAUAAAAAAAGAAUGUAUGCACUCACGGAAUUGUAAGUCGCUCUGGAUAAGAGCUUCUGCUAAAUGACUAAAAUGUAAAUGUAAGACACAUAUUUCCACCUUUUUUGUGGAUAUGAUUAUUCCUGCUCUCCUACAUUGUAAUGAUCAUGAUAAACCACAGCACUUACGAUGAUAUCAGGAAUCGAUAAGGUGAUAUAGGUCAUUUUGCCUAUAUCAUUGGGCAGGGUCAGUGUCUGUGGUAGAAUCAACAGGAAAAAGCUAGACUAGAGCUAGAAUGGGGUCUGUGCUUUACAGGCACUGGCAGAGUUGCAGUAGCAGGCUUCUACCACAAGGUGUCCCCAGAUAUCUAGAUAUGUGAAUAUUCACAAGACAGUCUUCUCAAUAUUGACAUGCGUGUAACAUCUUGCCUUUUUUUUAAAUGCAUAUGGGAAGAUCACCUGUUCAUUUUUGAGUGAGAUGUGGUUUUAUUGGAUUGCAAAGCUUUAACUCUUAAAGCCUUAGAGAGCAUGAACUCUCACUCCUUCACAAGUAUAUCCCAAUGACCAACAAACGCCCAAACUACAUUUUAAUAAAUGUAUAAAAUACCUAUAAAAUGAAUCUUACUGUGUUCAGUCUUAUAAGCUAUUUGUAAUAGUAUUAUGUAGGGUUUCUUUCAAGUGCACUAUGUCAAUGUAUAUGCUAACUUAUUUUCACCCAUUAAUUACAUUUAAAGGCCCAAUGCAGCUGUGUUUAUAUCAAUAUCAAAUAAUUUCUGGGU